UCUACCACAGAGUACUACCACAUCAUUUUACUACCUGCAAGCAAAUAACCUGAUUUUUUUUCGAUAAUGACAUGGCGAAAAUGUACGGAUCCAACAUGGGCAAUAUAUACAUCUGGAUUUCUGGACUUUUUUGGAGUGAGCAUGGUGAUCCCCCUGAUUAGUAACCAUGCUAGAGAUCUGGGAGCUUCCCCCACAAUGGCUGGUUUUAUUGGUUCUGUGUAUGGAUGUCUACAGCUUUUUUCUAGUCCAGUAGUGGGGCGUUGGAGUGAUAUGUCAGGAAGGAAAUACUGUCUCCUGUGGUCGCUAUUUUUCUCUGCCUGUGGCUACAUGUCUUUGGGAUUUUCCACAUCAUUAAUUGCUCUUUUCCUGGCUCGUAUUCCAUUAGGUAUCUUUAAACACAGCCAGAGUAUUUCCAAGUCCUUGCUUGCUGAUAUGUUACCAAAGGAUAAGCAGUCUGCUGUCCAUGGUCACUUUAACUCUGUAUCCAGCAUAGGAUUCAUUCUUGGACCAGUGGUCAGUGGUCACAUCGUGGAGAUGGCUGGGGGAUUCUAUAGUGUCACAUUUUUGUGUGGGGCCAUUUUCAUGCUGAAUGGAGUGUUGGUGUGGUGCUGUUUUCCUGAUGUCAAGUCAAAGUCGCAUGACCUUGUUCGAGAUGAAUCAUCAACCUCCCUCCAGAAGCUGGGGUCUGAUGAGUUCAAUUUUAACCCAAAACAAAUUUUUCAGUUUAAAUCACUGAACUGGUCGGCUUUUUGGGAUUUAUUUUUAGCGAGAUUUUGUUUAGGAUUAUCCUUACUUUUAUUUAGAAGCAAUUUUUCGUUGAUGUUACGGGAGAAGUUUGAAGUGUCUCCAAAAGGUUUGGGUUAUGUUAUAUCCUAUAGUGGUAUCAUAUCUGCCUUGUGUGGUAUGCUAGCUGGACAUAUAUCUAGACUCUACCAGAAUGACCAACGUUUAUACAAACACCUCGCUAUACUCAUGACACUAACAAUGGUUCUCUUUGUAUUCAUCUCUACAUUUUGGUGGUAUGUGUUACUUCUAAUUCCUCUCAGCUUUGCUUCAAUGAAUCUUAGAGUAGUUGGUACAAGUAUAUUGAUAUCAAAGGGAAGUAAGCAGGAAAUUGGGGCUUUGAUAGGGCUCAGUCAGAGUGUCAUGUCCAUUGCAAGGAUGGUAGCCCCUCUUUUGUCAGGGGUUCUGCUAGAGAUUAGCCCCAGUGGUCCCCCCUCAGUUGGGGCUGGAAUGGCUGCUUUGGCAGUGCUGGUAAUUAGUGUCAAAUGGCAAAGAGGUAAAGAGCAAAGCAGACUUAAACAAGAUUAAAACUGUAAUACAUGCAAUGAUUGAUGUAUUAUCAUAAUUACGUAAGUUAUCUUCAGGUAAAAUUUGUGCAAUUUCUAUUUAUGUAAAAUUUGAAAUUAAUAUAUGAUUAUAUUUUUCGAUGAUUAUUUUAUAACCAACUUUGUGUGAACUUCAAAAUGAAAAUUACACGACAUUGGUUCAGCAUUUGUGGUGCUGGGGUAGCUUAGUGCCCUAUAAUGUGUAUCUUUUUACUGUUGCCUAUUCUGUUAGUUAAAGCCUUGUGUGAUAUGUUUUAGCCUUUUUAUGUCUUUCAUUUGUAAAAAGCUAUAUGUUUUGAAGUAGGAUACUAGAAGACAUUGCUACAAAAAGUAAGAUGGUACAGUCCUGACAGUGACUUUAUUUCUAGCUCAUCAACAUCUGAUGAAGGGCUGUUCUAAUCGUCCUGUUGUCCAUUGUCUGUCAUUUAACAAGGCUUGUUAUCACUAUUUCUUGAAAAAUACUAAUGGAUCUUUCUCAAAUUUGGUCUCUAGAUGUGCAUAUUCAGUUUUUAGAUCAAUGGAAAAAACAGAAUGGUGGACAGAUGGUCAUAAUGUUACUCAGAUUUCUCAUAUAUUCUCCCUCAGUCCCUGUAUGCAUGUGAAUCACUUGUGCUGAAAACCAUGGUUACACAUGUUCAAUUUUCGAAAAAAAAGGCAGACAGGUGGUCAUAUUGAAUUUUGAAAGCUGAAAUUUGUUAUCACAAUUUCCUGAGAAACACUAGAUGGAUCUGUAGAAUAGAAGUUAUUACAACAUAACCAAAUUUUAUGUUGGGUCUCCUUAGUCCGUGGUUAUGAUCGAUUCAUGAUGGGUAUGAUUAGAAUCACAAAAUAGCUGAGUUUUAGGACUCUGGAAUAUCUUCAAGGUGGUCGGAUGGCACAGUGGUAAUGCAUUUGCUUUUCACCUAGAUGUCCGGGGUUUGAUUUGUGGAAUGGAUGUGACCACGUUUUCCCUGGGUACUCGGGGGUUUCCUUCCACAGUAAGACCUCUUGUGUACUUCCAUCUGGGCCAACGAGAGUGAUUCAUAUGAGUUGAUAGCUUGUUUUUCAUUUGUUGUAAAUAAAGUAAAUAAUAGUAAUGAGAUCAAGUGUGUUCAGUAGGGAUAGUAUCAGUAUAAUUUAGUACACAAGGUAUUAUAUAUUUGAGAUUUUACACUGCCUACAGUUUUUUGGGUCAGGUGCAAGGAUGUGUUACUGUAUCUGUUGUGUCUUUAUUUCCUAGCUCCAAAAUUACCUCAUAAUUUUUCCUCCCCCUUUUUUCCCUCCUCUUAAAUUGCAUUAGUGAUAUGAAGUUAUAUGUAAAGUAAAGAAGAUAUACUGCAAAGCAUGUUGAAAUUAAUCAAUCCAUAGUUUUAAAAACCUUUUACACAAGAGAUUUAUUUUUGUAACAAAGUUUCAUAUAUCUUGAAUAUGAAUUCAUUUGAGAUUCUAUAUUUGAUAACCAUUAAGAAUACAGUAUUGCAAUAUACCGUUACAUUCCAUAUUUAUUAGUUCAUUUGGCCCACAAAGUCAUGUGAUCUGUGGCAGUGUCCGUCGUCUGUUUCUCAACUUUUCCUGUAAAAACAUAUAUAUACUAAUAGCAAUGAACCACAAAGCAGUUUUUCACCAAAUUCUUCAGGUGAAGAGGAAUCAAUUUUGUAUAAAUGAUAGGUCUCUUGACCCUCUGGGGCAGGAGGGGUAGAGCCCAAAAGGGAAAAUUAAGCAAAUUCUAAAAUCUUUUCUCUGCUGUCAGGAUUUUGUCCAAAUUUUGUCAGAAGAAUAUGUAGAGGAUGUUUGUAUAAAUGGUUUUGCUGACCCCCAAUGGAGAAAUAGAUAUAAACCUUAAGAAUUCCUUUUUCUUCAUUUGAAUAAAGCAUUAAAAGCCAAACAAAGCCAGGUGAGUGAUACAGACCCCUUUGGCCUCUUGUAAAACAUUGCACAUUCACAAAAAAUUACAUCUUCCUUUUUCUACGACCAAUAUACUAAGAAUGAGUGCUACCUUUAUGUUUUGUAAAUGUCACUGAGUUGGUUAUGUCUUUAAACAGUUUAGUCACAUGUCUGACUUUGACAGACCUUUCUGAAAGAGUCUCAAACAGGAGUUACAAGUUAUAACACAUAUAUGUGAGUAAUAUAACAUGUUUCUGAGUGAUAACUUUUAAAAGAAAGCAUGGGUAAUGAUGUGAAAUUUAUGCAAAAUUAUUUUUUUAACGAGAAAAAGUAUUCAAAAAUGUAUAUUCACUGACAUAUCAUUCCUUUCAUCUGUACAAGAUGAAGCAGCUUUUUUCUUUAUUUUUGCACAUCUUGAGUGUUUUUUUCUUGAUCUCCCAAAAGAUUAUAAUGACACAUUCUUUUAAACAUUCCUAUGAUUAAAAUGCUUGUAUAUGGCAGGGAAUAUGUUGGCACAUCAACAUAUUUGUAAAAGUAAUGUAUGUAUUCAUUGUUUUGAUAUGUACACUUCAAUGAUAAUGUAUAUCUCACUAUAUAUCAAUACACCAAUGAUGAUAUGUCAUUGUUUUAAUACAUUCACUGUGUUUUACCUGUUGGAUUUCCUACUAUUCACAUUUCAGUCACAAUAUCUAUUGAUAAACUCAUGGUUUCAUCAGGUAUAGCUCACUUUGUACAAGGUGACUGUAAAAACCAAUUAGCAAUGUUAACCUUUAACAUUGUUAGAGUAUAUACAUAGAAGCACUGUAUCUCGGCUCAUAUUCAUAAGUAAUGUAUAAUUUGCUUUAUCAAUGUGUAUAGGUUCAUACAUUUAAUAUAGGUUGGUGUAUAUCUAAGUAAAGAAUAUAUACAAUGUAGGUUGCUGUGUACAUAUCUAAGUGAAGAAUAGAUACAAUGUAUGUAUAUAUCUCUCUGUAUUGCUAUGUAUAUCUUUAAUACACCUGGUUUAGUCAGAGUGUAAGGUGCUCCUACUUGGUACAUACAUUACAUACAUGUUUUGGGUACUGUAUCUCGGUGUAAUGUAUACUCCUCAGGGUAUCUCGUUACUGUAAAGAUAAACUAAAAGUCAGUAUAUUGCGUGUUGUAGAGAGAGUUAGACCAAUGUUGUUGGGUACAAAGUAUUUUCUUUAAAUGCACUUACUUUUAAAAUACAAGAUAAAGAAGACUUAGAUUUAAUUGAAAAUUUACAUUCUGUUAUGUUUAUUUGUACAUUAUCAUAUACAGUUGUAAAUGUUAAA